AUGGACAGUUCAUCGAAAAAACCUAAACUUGGCAGAACAUUUACUAUGCCAAGUAAUAUGAAUUCGUCGGGAGCAUCACCCAAUGCAAGCUCGUGGUAUGAACGUGCCCUUUCGAUAACAGAUCGGCGUCGUCGUAGCUUGGGGCAAACAUCUGGAGCGGCAGCAAUUCAUGAUGCCAUUGCUAAGGGUAAAGUGCACUUGGCUCGAUUUAUUCUGGACGCCGUGGAUGGAGACAUCGUGAAUGCUCUGGAUAUCCAUGGUAAAACACCGCUUAUACGAGCAUGUAAAAUACGCGAGGAAAAAGCACGAAUCAAAGCAGUUGAGUUGUUACUACAACGCGGAGCUGAUGUGAAUUUACGUGACAAUAUGGGACGAACUACUUUAAGUUAUGCCUGUGAACUUAGAUGUAAUGAUAUCGUGAAAAUUCUGGUGCAAAAUAAUGUAGACCCAAACAUCGAAGAUAAUAAUGGAAAUACAGCACUGAUGUAUUGCGCACAAGUUGGAAAUGACAAAGCAAUCGAAAUUGUAACCAAGUCAUUUAGGCGUUUGGGUUUGGAAGUGGAUAAGGAAAACGACGAGGGAAUGACGCCAUUAAUGGUUUCAGCAAAAAAUGGCUAUUUAGAAUGUGCCGCUUUGCUGGCACAGGAAGGCAAAGCAGCAGUUGAUCGAAGAGACGCGGUGAGAAAUCUCAACGCCGAAGAGUGGGCCAGAGAAAAUGGAUGUACAACACCCGAAGUUGAAUCAUUCUCGACAGGAAAAAAACCUACGAAUGUAUUCCGAAAUAGAAUUGGAAAAUUAUAUUGCCAUCCACUGUUAACAUCCACGUCACAGAGUUCAGAUUCGGAUCAAAGUUAUAAUUCAAGUUUUGAAGACGUAGAUGAAGACGACCACGACCAGUACAUGGAACAUCCUCACUGCACUCCAAGCAAAAGAUUAACAAAGGAGUUGAGUAUUGAAGAAUUAACCAAGAAAUUCAAUGAAUUGCAAAGACAACGAGGUGUUGUAAUCGCUGGUCAAAACUUGACUUCACCGUCAUUUCGAAACUAUAGGCAAAGAAAAAGAUACAGUAUGCCAAAUGUAAUUGCCUGUCAAAACUAUCGCCUGGAUGUCAUUAAAGAUGAGGAUCUAAAUUCGGCACAUCGAGAAGAAGGCGUGGAGCAAGGGAGUAAGGAAGAGGAAUACCAAGCUGAAGGGUAUCAACCACGAAUCAGAUCACCGAAACUGUCUCAAACAAUGAAAUCAAGCAGUAUGGACGAUGCUCGUGGGCACAAGGGUAUAUCUCGCCAAGAAAGUUCGUCCUCUAUAAAGUCACACUCUGUUUAUGAAUCAUAUGCUACGGCUGAGCGAGUUAAUCAAUCAGAUGUCAAGGUUGAAAACACAGAUAACAUGCCUCGCCACAAACAGCCGACAUCAAACAAUGGGUACCUUUACAAAUCCAAAUCAGAGUACGUCACUGUUACGUCAUUACCGGCUGGCGCUAACACACGAAGAGACAAAAUACACGCACCUCGUUUAGAAAAGCGGAUUCUCCUGACCAAUGACAUCACGCCACGCGAGGAUACAUUGAGCAGUGUUGAAAGCGCCAGUCAUAUAGAAUUUGAUUUUGAAAGUGAAUCUCGAUAUCGUACGUUCAUAACCCCGAUCCCUAAGGAAAAUAACGCUAAUAGUGAUAUCUUUUUGCCACCGAUUACUUACAAGCAGAAUGUAUCCGCCCGAGAAGAAUCUUGCAGAAUGAGUGAGAAUGACAUGAGUAGCAGUCAGAAAUGGCAGAGUUAA